GCAUCGAGUACCGAAUUUGCAAUUAUUAAACCAAACCCACACAACUCUUUUUCUCUGUCUUUGCUUUCGAUUUUCUCUCUCCACACGCUCUCUUUCUUCGCCUUCACCUCUCGAUUUCUGCGAUUAUUAUCUCUUAUUUUCUAAUUUUAAUUAAUUUAAGGGUUUCGGGAAUUAACAUCUGGUUCGAUUUUGCGCGUCAAGAUCGGCCAAAGUUCCUUCAAAUUUGUUGAAGCAUAGGAGAGGAUAUUUACCUCAUGGAAUCCUCAAAAGAGACAGGCUGCCAAGCUCCAGAAGGGCCAAUUCUUUGCAUUAACAAUUGUGGAUUUUUUGGUAGUGCAGCGACCAUGAAUAUGUGUUCUAAGUGCCACAAAGAGAUGAUCUUGAAGCAGGAGCAAGCCAAGCUUGCAGCUUCAUCAAUUGAGAAUAUUGUCAAUGGCAGCUCAACUAACAAUGGGAAGGAGCCUGUGGCUACUGGUGCUUUGCCUAUACAGGUUAUGCCAGUGGACUUGGAAGCAGUUUCUACUCAAGCAUCGAUUAAUGUUUUAGCUGGGCUGGGCUCAGAGGUGAAGGUGAAAGAGGGGCCAAACAGGUGCACCACUUGCCACAAACGUGUGGGUUUAACUGGUUUUAACUGCAGAUGUGGAAAUCUUUUCUGUGCUGUGCAUCGCUAUUCUGAUAAGCAUGAGUGCCCAUUUGACUAUCGCAAUGCUGCUCGGGAUGCAAUAGCCAGAGCAAAUCCUGUUGUCAAAGCAGAAAAGCUGGAUAAGAUCUAAAGUUACCAACUGAAGCAUUGUGAGCAUUGCUGAAGGUGUAAGGCAUAAGGAUUUGGGCAUCUUUGCAUUCUGGUGAACUUUGGAAGUCCAUCCUUUUGUACUGGCUACUAUUGCUUGGGUUGCUCCAGUAUCUUAGUUCUUUGUGCAGGCUUGGUGGAUGUCUUUGUGCAAUGUUUAAUUUGUCCUUCUGGUUCUUUUUCAUUUCUGUCAUCUUAAUGCAAAUGUAGCAUGCUUUAAGAGCUCUUCAAGAAGUGGGGAAUGCUAAGAAAGAUAAAGAGGGAAAUUGAAAAGGAAAAAUAUUCAUCUGCUGUAUGUCCCUGCGUAUUGGGAGACCCAGACAUAAUGCUAGAUGUGUAUAGAUGUUUGUCUCUGCUAUACAAGGAAGAACCAUCACGUUUCUUUUUUUUUCUUUUUUUUUUUUUUUUGAGCCUAAGAACCAUCACGUUUGAGUUAUCAUUUUUAGUGGCUCUCUACAACCUGUUAUUUACUUUCUUCAAUGUGUUUUUUUUAAAAUUUUUUUUGGGGG